GGUUUCUUGAAUGAAUUUCUCUUCUUACAAUGUGGUAUCAGAUUCUGUAUUCGGUUUGUUUCUGUUUAUGGAUUACAAGAGAUCGGUUGUUGAAAAUCAUUUUUAAAUGAGUUUUUUUUUUUUGUUAGAAUGAUUUUGGAUUUAUUAGAAGAGAAUUCAGGGAAAUUUAGACAAGUUUUUGUUAAGAUGAUGAUGAUGAUGAUAAUGUUAACGUGGAAGUUAAAGAGCAUUUAUUUUGUUUGCCUUAAAGAAAAGUGAUAAAGAUAACUUUUAGAGUAGUUAGCGUUACUUUGCUUCUACUUGGAGGUUUCAAAGAUUCUUUCCGGAUUAAGUUUUUCACAAAACAAAACUGAAGAGAAAGAAAUGAUACUCUUACUGCUUUUUCAGUCCCCGUGAGUUUCAACUUUUCAAAUUCUUGGUGGAAAAGAGUAGUACAAAAUGAAUAGACAAGUAGAGUUUCAUUACAUAAAUACGGGAUUUCCGUAUACAGUCACUGAAAGUUUUAUGAACUUGUUUGACGGAUUAACAUACAGCCAAGCAGAAUUUUCUUUCCCGGCACCAACACAUGAUCAGGACUUUGCAUAUUGGUCAAUGCAGGCUGGAUCGAACAAAUUUGGCCCAUCUAUUCCUGGAAAUCAAUACUAUGGUUAUGGCCAUCCUUAUGCGGUAAAUGACCUCGUACCUAGAAUGGACGAAGGCAGGAGAGUUUGGGAGAACUCUUCAGUAGCUAAUCAUGAAGAAGCAGAACCGCUAGUAAUGCAUGUUGGAGAAACUUUUAAUACAAACCUGCAAUCUAGCCCUGAAGAAUUACUUCUAUUCAUGGUUGCAGGCGUUCGAAGUAAUCAUAAUGCAAGUAGUUCUCAGAUUAUUUGGCAGGACAACGUUGAUCCAGAUAACAUGACAUAUGAGGAGUUACUAGAUUUAGGAGAAGCUGUUGGAACACAUUGUCGAGGGCUUUCCCAAGAACUUAUUUCAUCUCUUCCAGUCACAAAGUUCAAAUGUGGUCGCUUUUUUUCAAGAAAAAAAUCGCGUGGUGAAAGGUGUGUAAUAUGUCAGAUGGAAUAUAAAAAAGGGGACCGCCAAAUUACUCUUACAUGCAAACAUGUCUACCAUGCAAACUGCGGCUCCAAAUGGCUUAGUAUCAACAAGGCAUGUCCAGUUUGCUAUAAGGAGGUGUUUGGUGAGGAUUCCAAGCACUAAAUCAUAUUACUAACAUGGUGAGAAAAAAGAUAAAAAGUCAGUUCCUGCUACAAACAAACCAAGCUUCAUCUUCAAAAUUGCCCUUUAUUUCAUCUAGUUUCAUUUUUCUUACUACAUACAAAAUGAUAGUUGAGGGGCCUCACUUAUUUCUCUCUUUCCUUUUUCCUCCUUUGUUUACACGUUUUUAGUUAGUAGUAGAAUUAUAGAACCAUAUUAUGUUUCUUUGUUACACUACGAGAAUGUUAAUAGCAAUUUUAGAUAAUCUUUGGUGAGUACGCGGUUAACAAAUAUUCGUAGUAUGGAGGUAUUGUUAUAUGAAAAGAAUGGAAAAACACAGGCACACAGAUUUCAUUCCUUCCCCAGUUUUGGACAAUGUUUUGUGUAUUAAUUGCAUUUACAAACAUUCUCUCAUUGAACUUACAGAUAUAUGGUUCACAUUAUUUACACAUCCAAACUCUUGGUAUUCCGUGACUUUAUACAGAGGCGUGUUUACCCUUCUUGGGUUUUACUUAUACACGUUUUUA